AUGAACGUCAACCCCCAUUUGCAGUUCCUUCAACAGCAGCAUCAGUCGAACCAGCAUCAGCUGCUGACACAGCAGGCCCAACUGUCGCCGCAAUUUACGCAGCUUCAAUUACAGCAGCAAUUACAGAGGCAACAACUAUUGACUCAACAACUUCAACAACAUCAACAACAGCAGCAGCAGCAACAGCAACAACAACAGCAGCAGCAGCAGCAGCAACAACAACAACAACAACAGCAACAGCAGCAGAUGGGGACUCCCUUGAGCCAGAACCAACACAUUACGAAUCCACUACUAGCUGCUUUGAACGGCGGAAACCCGCAGUCCACUGCUAACCAGGGGUUAGGAUCGCUCAGCUCGAACCCGGUGUUGCAGCAGUUGCAACUCCAACAGUUGCUGCAGAGAUCCAAUCUGCAACAGCAAGCACCUCUACUGAUGAACCAGACGGUCCCCAUCGUGAAGGAAGUCUGGGCGCACAAUUUGGAGCACGAGUUUCACAAUUUGCGAAAAUUCAUCAAUGAUAAGAGCUCCACGAUAUUCGCAGCGAUCCACGAGGAAACUCCCGGGAUUGUUGCUAGAGCAAUUGGUUCUUUCAAGACCAACACAGACUACCAUUUCCAGACAAUAAGAUGCAACUCGGAUUUGUUGAACUUGAUUCAGUUUAGUAUCUGCUUCACCAAGUACAAAGAGAACAUCGUGAGUGGCUCGAUAAUAUGGCAGUUUAACUUUGCUUACGACUUGAUGAAGGAGAUGUACAAUGAAGAGCACUUGGCGAUGUUGUCCCAGCAAUCGUCCAUUAACUUUUCGGCGCACAUGUCGCAUGGGAUCAAAUACCAGGACUUUGCUGAGCUUUUGAUAGAUAGUGGUUUGCUCUUGGACGAGUCGGUCAACUGGGUCUCGUACCACGCCGGGUAUGACUUGGGGUUUUUGAUAAGCUUGUUGAUGAAUGACAGUCUCCCCGUGGACGAGCCUGACUUCUACUGGUGGUGCCACAAGUAUUUCCCCAAUUUCUACGACUUGAAGUUCAUUGGGAACCAGAUUCUUCUGGCCGAUGACAAGUUGAACAAGCCCUCGAUUGAGUAUUUGGCCGAAGAGUUGCACUUGUUGCCCAUCUCGCCAGCGAUUAGACAAAUCUUUGGAGCUAGUGUCAACAGCAACCAGCUGCAGCUGCUCACUUCAACGUUACACGCUUACUUGUCCAUGGAGUGCUUCAAGGAGAUUUUGAGAAGGUCCAACUUCGACAUGAACGGUCUCGCCAAGUUUAAAGGACACAUCUGGGGAUUGGGGUCGUUUGCUGAGAGUGAAGAUGUCAAUGGAGGUGCAUCUGCUGGGUCGGGUACACCGGGACCUACAAAGACUGGAAUGGUUCAUUUCGGCAGAGCGUAA